AUGUUAAGUUAUGGUAAAAUGAAUGAUAUGAUAUAUUAUUGUAAUCGUACAUACGAUGUAUCAUCGAUCGAUGGUGAUUAUUGUUGUAAAAAUAAUUUUUAUAGUGAAUCAUGUAAUAAACAUUAUGAUCGAUAUUUUAAUGAAAAAUUGGGAAAUUAUGAUCAAACUCAUUCGAAUGGAUUUUUAUCAAUAUUAUUUCAUAAAAAAUAUCGAUACUAUUUUAUUAUUGGUGGUAGUCUGUUUUUAUUUGUUAUAUUUUGUUUGAUUAUUCUAUGUAUCAUAUGUAUUGUUUGUCGUCGACGUCGUCGUGAUCAUGAAAAUGAUACUCAAUCGUCAAACAAAAUAAAACAACGAACAACAGUUACAAAAAAUCUAAUUAAUUCACAAAUAAAUAAUAAUCAUUAUCAUAAAACUAGUAUUACAUCAACACAGGUAACAAAUCAAACAGCAAUACAAAAAUUUUUAUUAUCAACAAAACAAAAUGUAGCAUAUGAACAUCAAGAGAAUGAUGCAUCAUUUACAGAUGAUGAUGAAAAUGAAUCUCAAGAAUAUGAAUCAAUUCCAUUGAAUAUAUCAAAUCAAAAUUUAAAUAUAAGACAGACACAACAACAGACGUUUGGUCCACCACUACCACCACCCAGACAGAAUAAUAAUCGACCAUUAUCUCAUUCAUCAAGUAUAACACGUUCAAUUGUUCCACCAGUACAACAUCGAAUAUCUCUCGUUGAACGAAAGAGUUCAACAAAUUCAAAUAAAUCAAUGAUACAACAUCAAAAUUCUAUGACACGUUCAUGUUUAACAAUUAAAUUAGAUGCAUUAAUAUUAUAUUCGAUUUGUGAUAGUGAAUAUGUUCAUAAUCAUAUUGGAACAACAUUAGAAGAUAUUUACUGUAAACGUUUUAGUUUUUAUUUUCUACAUCGCGAUCGAAUGAUUGGCGAUUUAGAUUGGUUAAUGAACAAUUCAUGUGUCAUUAUCAUUAUAAUCAAAAAACCUUACAAUACAAUUAACGAUUACAUGAAAAUUUUAACUACAUCAUCAUUAAAACGUUUUGUCAUUUUAAUUGAUGGAAACGAAAAUACAGUAACGACAACAAAAACAGCAUCAUCGGUAUCUCUACUACACAAAAAUGAAGAGAAAAUUGCACGUCUCUAUAAAACACAAGAGGUUUACGAAUGGUCAGAUCCAGAUUUACAUGAAAAAUUAGAAAUAUUUUUAGAAAAUAAUUGUGGCUCGGCUACCUAUGUACCGUGCUGA